CGAGCACGCGUUCACGCCGGGGCACCGGGGAGGCUCCGUACCCGGGCAUCGAUUCGGGUCGCACAAGGACUCGCCGAUGUCGGUGUCCCCGAAACUCACGCCGGGCAGGGCGGGCUCGGCGCGAAUGAGCAACGCGUGGGGGGGCAAGAACGCGAGCCGGGCGGGCGCCGACCCGAUCCACGGCACCCCCACGGCGACGAUCGAGUCCACCCCGCCCAUCGUCGAACACGUUCAAACGUCGGACAGGACGCGCAUCCUCGCCGCCGACGCCGACGGCGCCGUCUCGCUGUGGGACGUCAUCAAAUGCGAGCGCGUUCGAUGCUUCGAGCGCGGCGUCUCCCUCGCGGAUGCCGCCAAGGAGGUGAACCCGCGAGUCUCGGUGCCCUCGUGGUUCACGGUGGACACCAGAUCGGGGUCCAUCGCGAUUUCGCUGAUGCCAUCAGGAGCGUUUCAGGCGGAGGCGUACGCGAUCGACUUGGGCAUCGCCGAGGCGAACGACGAGCUCAAGGUGAACUACGGCGUCCAGUGCGUGCACAUGCUACUCCGGGACUGGAAGGUACGGAGGGUCAGGGCCAUCGCGUGCGAAAACGGCCGCGCCCCGGACUCGUCCGACGACGAUUUAGACUUGGACUCGAACGAUUUCGACGUCAACUCUUUAACCCCGUGCGGGGACGCGAGGGUGUGGCGCUUGCCCCCGCGGCCCCCGAGCGUCGUGUGCGAGCAGCCCGAGGGCGAGGGCGGCGCGGUGCUGAUGCCGGUUGGCGAGAUGGUGGGUAGCGCGGAGGAGCAGGACGCUUUACCCGAGUGGAUCGUCGACGUCGUCGCGGAGAGGCACCGAGUGCCGGAUUCGGCCAAGGCUUCGUUUCACCUGUCGCCGCACGAGACGCAGCCGGAUGCGCCGAAACUGUCGCAAGGGCGGGUCACCGCGCCGAGGGUCCUCGGCGUGCGCAAGGUUGUGAACUACGUGGUGCAAAAGCUGGGCCUGGACGCGAACGGGUCCCGCGCGCCGGAGGAUUUGGUGGACAUACUGUGCGGCGGCGAGGUUUGCGAUCCCGCGAUGUCGCUCGCCACGGUGAAGGAAUUUCUGUGGAGGAAAGGAACGGACGUGGAGCUGGUGUAUCGGUUCAAGGACGGGGUCGACUACGGCGGGACCGGCGGGGGCGACGUGGAAACAGCCUGACGGCGUUCAUUCGUCGUCGCCGUCGGGGACGAGCGUGUUUGAUAGAUGAGAGACGAGCGUCCUUCUUGGAUCGUCCCUCUUCGGUAGUCUCGCCGCGCAGUCGUCUCAUUCGCGAAACACGAUAAAAGUUAUAUGCAGAGC